UCCAGUGGGGAAAUGCAGCUGACCUGGUCCAACUGCCAUUUGUUGGUCUUUAAAACAAAUGAGAUGAUUUUGUUAGCCAUAAUCAAAGUCUUUAAAGGUUGUGCUAGACAGGAACAGAGAGAAGUUACUCAGAGUGCGCUGUGCUCUGGUGAGAGGUUGCAGUUAAGCAUCCCUGUAUCCUGAAAUCUCCAGCUAUUUUAGGACCUAUUAGCUACACUAGGACCUACAAAAAUAUCUUGUAGACAUGACCAAGUACCUCCAUCCCAAACUGUGCUACACUACUGACAGUACACAUACAGCAUUAAAAUAUAUGCAAAGACUCAACACACAGGCAGUUUUAAGAAGAAAAAUUGCGGCUCUGCUUUACUGGGGGUGGAGAUAUUCUGAAUCCCAUUGAAGAGAGUGUCUGCUUCCUUUCUUCUUUUUCCAGGCAUUCUAACAUUGACAUGAAAACACAAGAGGCAUAUGAGCUGGCUGUCAAAGGGUUGAUCCGCCCCAUGGGAAAAAGCCCUCCAAUCAUCAUAGCAAUCCGAUGCCUCCAGUUCACACUUCCAGAAUUCCAGCUAGAAAUCCAGUGCUUGCAUGAGACUCAGCAGUACCUCCGAAAAAUAGUUCAUGAGAUUGGUCUGGAGCUGAAAUCAUCUGCCGUGUGCACGCAAGUGCGAAGAAUACGGGAUGGUGUUUUCACACUGGAUGAUGCUCUCCUGAGAACCCAGUGGAACCUGAAGAAUAUACAGAAUGCAAUUUGGGACUGUCAGCUUAAAGUGAAAACAGAGAUAGAGAAAACGCUAGGCCAUCAGGAUAAAAGUCCUCUUCAUAAGAUGGAUGUGGAGAUGGCCCAGGCUGCAGACAGCUGAGUGUGUGCCACGGAGGGAACGUGCACAAGCAAUCUCUGUAGCACAAUAACGCAGCUACAUGCUGACAACAUGAUGGACAGCAGAAGGAAAGAGGUUAAUUGCGGUUCACUUCUACCCUUUCCUUGAGAUGGCUGUAAUCAGAGAAGCAUUUUUUUCAGUGACAGGCUGUAUAAUUUUUUUUUAAAGCAUUGCAAACAGCUCAUUAACAGGAGUUAGCUGUGCCAAAAUUCCUGUUGACUUUGGGAACAUUAGGUUGCUAAGGGAUAUAAAAACCCAUCCCCAAAUUGUUUAGCAGCAGGAAAUAGACAGCAUCUUAGAGAGCUGUAUUCCCUUGAUUGCACAGAUUUGUUUGUUCCUUGCAACUGGCAGCAUAGCUUAUCUACUAUAUGGAUUUUAUUGUCCCCUGUUGUCUUGGAGUAUUUUCAUUCCAUUAGCCCUGCUUUCAGACGUGUAAGAGCUCAAAGUCAGACUAAAAGAGGGACGUGCAGGAGGAAACACAGCUUGCACAAAGCAAUGCAAGGAAAUGGUUAUAUCCAGAGUAGGCGUGUGUGAUGAGGAAAGUGGCUUGUAAUAGCCACUUGAUGUGUAAGAUACAUAAGAAAUAAAACUGAAAGUGACCUAAAGGGGAAAGAGGCUGAUUCUUGGCUCAGUACUCAUCCACAAGUACACUAACUCAUUGAAAAAAGAGCAUGCUGCUUUUUUAAAAUGUUUUCUUUUUGUAUUCCUGAUCAGCCAAGGGUGUUCAGGGGUGUGUGCUAUCCUGCUCUGCAGCAGCUUCAUGCAGACAGCAUGUACUGCCCUUCAGUGAAACUCCGUAAGCUCUGUCCUACCAUUUAUUCUCUGUUAGCUCGUUACAGCUGGGUCUGACUUCGCAGAAAUACACUUUCUAAAUUUAAAUUAAAAAUGUGAAGUUAACACCAUUAUUGCACUCAGUAUUUUUGCAGCUAUACACUUAGCAAGUUUGGAGAUUGAUUUAUAGAAAGCAGUAGAUUUGUUCUGUUCCUCUUCUGGAUUUGGACAAAGGCCAGCAUAUCGUCCUCCAGACAAUACCCAUUAAGGUACAAGAAGUUAACUCUGGG